AUGGAGGAGGCUCCUUUGACUUUGGCGCACUCGCACGCGCGCAAAGCGGCCGUCGAAACGUCAAAGUCACACCUCGCCGUAGCUGCCACCGAGCACCUUGCUGCCGCUGAACAAUACGCCAAAGCACAGCCCUCGACUUCGGAUCCCGAAGCACUACGCAUGCUUAACCUCCUGGAAGAACACCACCGCCAACUAGCACAUAUCAUCCGUUCCAAACACACCAUCGCAAAGGCUGUACAGGACGCCGAACAUGUCGACUCGCUAGAAUUAGAUCCCUCUGCAGCCAUCGCCUCACCGCCCAUCGCCCCUUCAUCCGCUCCCCCUCCGCCUGUCGCCAGGGUACAUCCCUCACGUCGCGAGUCUUCGCCCGCUCUUGCAAAAGAUAUAGCCACACGUAGAGGCAUCCCGCAACAGCCUUCUCUGCUCAAUCCUCGAAAACCUGUCCCAUCGACUACCACCUCUACUACACCUUCUGUCGACCGUCGCACUCCUUCAACGUCUGUCAGCCCUGCCACCUCGACUCAAUCCAAGGACCAAGACGAUGGCUUCUCCCGCUUCUACUCCAAUUGGACCACAGGGCCCCUAUCCCGCUUGUCGUCCAUUCUUGCUUUCACUGCUCUUCCCCUGACAGACACUCCCGAGCCAGACUCGCCGACUUCUUCACGCCACCAGAAGACGAGUGCGAGGGCCUCCAACGACCCCGAUGUCAAAAACCUAAUAUCACCCGCUGCCUUGAACGCCCUACAACAACACGGUCAUAUUGGGCCUGGCGAAAGUUUCUAUGUCAUACCUACAAGCGGUGGCACUGCAUCUUACGCCAACAUUGUCACACGCGAGCAGCGCUAUGCCCGUCGCCAGCACCUGUCCAACAUCAGUGAAGACGAUCCUGCCGAGUUUGUCGAUGCCCAAGAGACUCAAUCUGCAAAACAACCGAAUCGCGGCCUAAUUUCCGAACGAGAAGAAGAACUACAACUCCAGAACGAUACACUUAAACAAGCCCUGGAUCACGUAAGCCAUCGAUUGCAGGCAUUCGAGUCGCACGCUCAAGAUGCCUCGAUGGCUGCAUUGACACACAGUGUCGCCAGCGUGCGAACCACUCAUUCUGCUGUUCCUUCCAGUACCUCUCGACAAUCAGAUGAUGAGCUACAAGCUGCUUUGAAAGAGAUCAAAAGACUCGAACACGAUAAUGCCAAAUUCAGAGCUUACUACUCCAAGUUGAAGGAUAGUGCAAAAGCAAGGAGGGCCGAGUCUAAGGGUUGA